CCCGCACUCCUCUUCUCCUCAUCACAAUUCACAAGCCUAGCAGCUAUUGACAGAGAUCAUCUUCACUUGGUAAGUUGAGCUGGUGAAUUAGGAGAGCAGGGGUCGUGUAGUAGAGAUCUCAAUUGGAUGGCGUCCAUGUCGAUGAACUCGUCGAUGCCGCAGUGGACGGCGAAGCAGAACAAGCAGUUCGAGCAGGCGCUGGCGGUGUACGACAAGGAGACGCCGGACCGGUGGCACAACAUCGCGCGCUCCGUGGGGGGCAAGACGGCCGACGAGGUCAAGCGCUACUACGAGCUGCUCGUCCGGGACGUCAAGCACAUCGAGGCCGGCAAGGUGCCCUUCCCGGCCUACAGAUGCCCCCCCGCCGGCGCCAUGGCCGACUACGAGGCCGACAGGUUGAGGCACCUAAAGAUCUAGUGGCACAUGGAUGUACGAACACCGCGUGGUGCAUGCAUGUGGCUGCGCAGGAAGCAAUGGUGAGUAAUUAAGUGACCAGGAGCAUGCGUCGAUCCGAUCAUGCAUGUAAAUACAGUAAUUACACUAUACUCAUCAAUCCAUCUCCUAUCUCUAUUCUCUAGUACUGCCGGUCCCAUGAUCUGUGUAACUGUAAGGCUGUAAGCUCGUGUAUAUGUGUCGUGAAAUGAUCAAUAUUAUCGUUCCCGGUUGUCA